UACUGCCACACCUAGAACAGCCAGAAACCCAUGUCAGUUUCCUAUACUUUUACAGCUAAUUUUUACCUUAGUUAAUGUCUAUGUCUGUUUACUUUUCCACUCAUCUGCUACCCCAUUCAUUUGCUACGCCAUUCAUCCACACACAUUUUUUGAGUGACUUAAACUAUGUUGAUCACCUAUGAAGACCUAAUUAUUUUAUAAUAUUGAUAUGAGGUUCCAAUUUUUUAAAAAUGAGACACUUUAUAAAAAACUUAGUAAAUUGUAAAGCAUGAUCCAAAUACAGCUUUGUAUUAUCAGUUUUCUUUAAAAAGUUUAAGGACUAAUGUCAACAGCAAAAUGGACAAAAUGCAUGGAUGGAGUACAUUAAGAGAAAUUUGAAUCACUAAUAAAAAUAAUACUUAAAGUAUUGAGAUUUGUUUUUAAAAAUUAAACUUUAGAAUUUAUAUCAGUAAUAUAUGGACAUAGUUAAAAAAAUUAAAAUAGUAUAUAGAAGGGUAUAAAAUUUAAAGUGAAAUUUGCACCCCUUCAGUAAGGGUAACUGUUACGGGUUGAGUUAGUUCUCCUUAAUUCUUGUUCCCACCUCAACAAAGAAUGAAAAGGCAGAGACGCAGAAGCAAAGCAGAAUUAAAGUUUUAUUUGAAUACACUCCAAGGAAGGAGUGGGACAGAGUCAAAGCAGACUUUUAAAAAUUUUUUAAAGAAGACUGAUAAUACAAAGCUGUAUAAUUAUAUAGUUUUAAGGGGUGGAACCUUGGGGGGGGUCUAUUUAUCACUACCUAGCUGGGAGGCACUUCCUUUGAUUGACAGGGUGAGGCUAUUUGAUUGACAGCUGUAGUUCUACACCCAUUCCUGUUGGGGCCCAUGUCUUUUCCCAAACACACGGAAAAGCCCAUUAGGGCGCGGGAAGAUGGGAGCAAAACCACAAUUUUAUUUUAAUGGGAUUAUGAGGAGGUGUGGUUUGCACGGUUCCUAGUUUUGUUCUAUUGUGCCAGCGUUGGGACCGGUUUGGCCUUGUCUGAUAGGCAAGAAGUCAUCUCCUGGCAAAGGCUUUGUAGUCUUCUGGUGGGACUGCUUGCUUGGGCAGUUUGGGCAGUCUUUCCUUGAACUUUAUCUUCCCCUUCCCCAGCUGCUCAUGUCUAUCUACCUCAUGUAACAACUGUUAAUGCUUUGUGCAGUCUCUAUUUUGUAUCUGUAUAUGUACUGUAAACAUGAUAAAUUCCAUAAUACCUAUAGUUUAUAUUAUAUAAUUAUAUAGUUAUAUGUAGUGUAUCAAACUAUAUGACAUGGAGCAUAAACUAUGAUUGUUUAUAUACAUGUACUAUAACAAUACAUGUUUAAGCAAAUGCUGUGUGUGUGUGUGUGUACACAAUUGGAAUUUUACUAUAUAUGUCCUGUGUCCUGCGUUUUUCACUUAAUAUAUAUUGGAGCUCUUUCCAAAUCAGUGUACAAAAAUCUCUUUUUCAUGGAUACAUGUUAUUCAAUUGAAUACAUUUUCCAUAAUUUAACUGGUUCCUUAUUAACUAACAUUUAGGUUGUUAGUCUUUUUCAAUUUUCAAACAAUGUCACAAUAAACAUUUAAAAAUGUAGAUCUUUACCUAUCUGGCAAGAAUAUCAGCAGGGUAAAUUUCUAGAAGUAGAAUUGCUAAAUCAGAGUAGGUACAUUUGAAUAUUUUGGUAGCUGUUGGGUGCAAGCUGCUCUUAGAUGAAACUGCACCAAUUCCCAUUCCCAGCAAUGAGAGAGCUCCAUUCUCCAAAACCUUUUAGGUAUUUGCCAAGGUAAAUUGUAUCUGUUUUAAUUUGCCUUAAGUUAUGAGAUUGUUCAUUGUUUAUUUUUCUUAGUGAUUCAGAUAUCUUUUAAUGUGCUCCAGCCAAGUGUUUUGACCCUUUUGCUGUUGACAUUAGUCCUUAAAUUUUUUAAAGAAAACUGAUAAUACAAAGCUGUAUUUGUAUCAUGCUUUACAAUUUACUAAGUUUUUAUAUAGUAUCUCAUUAAAAAGUUGGAACCUCAUACCAACCUUGUAAAAUAAUUAUGUCUUCAUAGAUGAUCUAACGGGUCACAAUAAGAGUUGCGACUCAAACUUGUAUAGCAUAGGCUCCUUUAUCUACAGUUCUGAAAACAGAGAAGUUCUGAAAACAGAUUUUUUAAAAAUUGACACUUAACUCAUUUGGCAGCAAAACCUGACCCGUAGUCUUUAUUUAUUCCAUUUAGUGUAUUUAUGUCUCAGCAUAAAUAUUAAAGUGCUUGGCUACAUGGUAUUGCUCUGGAGUUCCAAAUGGAGUGCUACAUAACAAAUGGGGUGUGCUCUGCAUUACUGCCUAAAAUCUGAAAAAUUCUAAUUCUGAAACGUGGAUUCUUCAAACUUUUUGUUGACUUAAAAGAGCAGGAAGUUUUACGUUUUUAAUACUUUUAACGUCUUAAGGCACUGAUUGCAGUUUAUUAAUUGCUGUUAACCUCUGCCUACAUUGCCCAGUUGAGUAAGACUGGUCACACUGGUUACUGAGUACUUGAAAUGGGGCUAGUCCUAACUGAGAUGUGCUGUUAAGUGUAGAAUAGACACCAGGUUUUGAAAAUUUCUUGCGAAAAAAACCCCUCACUUAUUUAAAAAUACCAUUACAUGAUGAAAAUAUUCUAGAUUUGUUGAUUUCAAUAAAAUACACGGCUUGCAUUACAGUCCCAUUGAGCAUCGCUGCUGCGUGUGCAAGCCAGUACCAUUCCCACUUCUACCCAGUCGGGAUUCGUCUGGCCGAAGUGUAUCCCUGGGGCUAAUAAGCUAAGUGCCUUGACAAGUUCUGGCCGCAGUUUGGUUCUGUCUUCUGUCCUUUUCAAAGUUUUAAAACAGUUACUAACAACUCGGAACAUCUGCAAGUCGCAUUUUCAAUAAAUUUGUCCAAACCGCGCCCCAUUCUUUGUCCUUUGCUUCUGCGCGAGAGGCGCCCGGAGUGAAGAUUGUCCCGCGCUGUUCUCCGUCCACCCCGCGGCGUUCCGGUGUGGGCGUGUCCCCGCGUGCUGGGCGACGCGAGCCAUGGCGUUCCGGUGUCAGCGGGACAGCUACGCCCGGGAGUUCACCACCACCGUGGUCUCCUGCCGUCCCGCGGAGCUGCAGAUCGAAGGAAGCAAUGGCAAGAAAGAAGUGCUGAGUGGCUUCCAAGUGGUGCUGGAAGACACGUUGCUUUUCCCCGAGGGCGGGGGACAGCCUGAUGACCGUGGUACAAUCAAUGACAUCUCUGUGCUGAGAGUGACGCGCCGGGGAGCCCAGGCUGAUCAUUUCACACACACACCUCUGACUGCUGGGACCGAGGUCCAGGUCCGGGUAGACUGGGAGCGGAGGUUUGACCACAUGCAGCAGCAUUCAGGGCAGCAUCUCAUCACAGCAGUUGCUGAUCACCUGUUUGGGCUAAAGACAACAUCAUGGGAGUUAGGGCGACUCCGGAGUGUGGUUGAGCUGGACGGCCCCUCUGUGACUGCAGAGCAAGUAGCUGCCAUUGAGCAGAGUGUCAAUGAAAAAAUCAGAGAUCGACUGCCCGUGAAUGUGCAAGAAAUGAGCCUGGAUGAUCCUGAGGUGGAGAAGGUGAGGGGCCGCGGUUUACCAGAUGAUCAUGCUGGGCCCAUUCGAGUUGUUACCAUCCACAGCGUUGACUCCAACAUGUGCUGUGGGACCCACGUGAGCAAUCUCAGUGACCUUCAGGUCAUUAAAAUUCUGGGCACUGAGAAGGGGAAAAAGAACAAAACCAACCUGAUAUUUCUGGCUGGGAACCGGGUGCUCAAGUGGAUGGAGAGAAGUCACGGAACUGAAAAGGCACUGACCGCUCUGCUUAAGUGUGGAGCAGAGGAUCAUGUCGAAGCGGUGAAGAAGCUACAGAAUGUCACGAAGCUCCUGCAGAAGAACAACCUCAGUCUGCUGAGAGACCUGGCUGUGCACAUCGCCCACAGCCUUAGGAGCAGCCCCGCCUGGGGAGGCGUGGUCACAUUACACAGGAAGGAGGGUGAUUCUGAGUUCAUGAAUAUCAUUGUCAAUGAGAUUGGGUCAGAGGAGACCCUCCUGUUCUUAACUGUGGGCGAUGAGAAAGGUGCUGGGCUCUUCUUACUGGCAGGGCCAGCUGAGGCCGUGGAGACCCUGGGGCCCAGGGUGGCUGAGGUACUGGAAGGCAAAGGAGCGGGGAAGAAGGGCCGCUUUCAGGGGAAGGCCACCAAGAUGAGCCGGCGGGCGGAGGUGCGGGCUCUUCUCCAGGACUACGUCAGCACACAGGGUGCUGAGGAGUGGGGACCGGGGCGCCUCCCCGGCGCUCCUGCACUUGAGAAUGGGUCUCCAAGGACUACGGAAUCUCUUGGACAAUAAAAUAGCUUGACUUAAAA